GCAAGACAGGUGAGGGACGAGGGAUGUAGAGUUAGAGCAUCGGGGACCUUACAGUUCCCAGCAGGGGUGAACUUUGGUGGGGACCAGAUACAGAAGCAGGCGACUGGUGUUCAGGACACAGAAAGGGAAGUAGGUGGUCAAUGAGAAGUCAACGCACGCGCUCUGAGCACAGGGAACAGAUGUACUGGAGGACACUCCAGGGUUGUCUACCUCAGGGGGCUACUCUGGCCCAGGAGCCAGGUUUGGAAACGGGGGACAUCCAUAUCUGGGACUGAGGCACCUCUGCAGUUGAAGGCAGGGAUCAAACCUGCUAGUAGAUCUGUCUUAGAAGCAACUGAGUUUCCUAAGUGUGGACCCCCAGCUCAGCCCUCAGGUUCUGAUCCCACAGGUCUGGGUAGGGCCCAGGGUUGGUUUUUCAAGCCUUGGAUUCAAGGCUUCUGGAGUGAGGCAGGUCAACCCCACAUUAGUGGGCCAAGCAGGAGCCAGACAAAGGGCCCCACACUUAGCCUCAGGCCUGUGAAGAGACUCAGUACACUUGUCACAUUGCAUUUAUUCAUUCAACGAUAUUUAUUGAGCACCCACUAGGUGUCCAGUGCUGGGCAUCCUGCCCUCUGGAAGCUUACACUCCAGAAGAGCAGGUUCCAGGCUUUGCCACCUCUAACUUGCCCUCUGUCCAGCCUCUGGGGCCGCGGUAGGGCCUGUGGAGGCCGAGCCAGGCUGUUGGAAGCUGUGGGGAGCUAAGUGUGAAGUUCCUCAGAGUGCAUCCCCCAGUGGAAUCUGAGCUGGCCAAGCUGAGUGACCACUCUGGGCUUUUCAGCCAGCAGCUGUUGGAGGGAGAUGGUGGUGGUGGUAGCAGGAGGCAGGAAGGAAGCUAAGCGGGAAUGAGUGGGGCUCUGGAUGAUAAAGAUUCAGUGCCUGACCUCUGCUGAGGGCCUACUGUGUGCCAGACCUUGGAAACAUUUUGUAUGUACCUUACCUCACAAAAGAGGAAACAGGCCCAUAGACAUUAAGUGAUGUGUGCACCUAACAAGAGGCAAGGUCAGGAUUUGAACUGACACUAAAGGUCUGUGCCCUUAAACCUUGGGCAGUGGCACUAGAACAAGAUGUGUUUUGGCACCUGCUGACCUACAGCGUCAGAUCAAAUUAAAAACCAAAUCUCAGCAUGAAGGUUUCUGGCCUAGUCAGGAGCUGGUGCUGACUCUCAGCCCUGGAACUAAUGUCUUUUGUGAGGUGGCCCUGGGAGUUGGCAGCGGGUUCCAUCCUGCUGGGGGAGGGGCCAACAGAAGGCAGGAUAGGGACCUGAGUAGGAGAUGGCUCUGUACCCAAGGGCUGGGCUAAGCCUCUUCCUCCUCUACCUCCUACUGGCAGUUGCACUCCUCCACCCCCUGCCGCUGAGGCCUCAGCAAUCUGUUCCUGAGGAAUUUUCGGCCCCCCUGGAACUCUCACAGCCACUGUCUGGCCUGCUGGAUGACUAUGGGAUCCGACCCAAGCACCCAUGGCCAAGAGGGCCUCAACCCCUCCUCUCCCAGGCCCAGCAGCGCAAGCGGGACGGACCAGACAUGGCUGAGUAUUACUUCAACAUGCCCCUGUGAUGGGAACCCCUUAUAAAGCUAUUCUGUGCAGCAAAGCCUUGGGUUUUCCUGGGAUGGAAAUGAGCUGAGCUGGGGAAGGGUCCAAGUAGAUACACCCACUGUGGUCCAGGCAGGAAAUGG